AUGAAUAAAUAUACAUUAGCUUUUAAUGAUGCAUAAAUUGAAAAAAAAUAUUAAAGAUAGCUUAUAAAAGUAAGGAGAUGGGCUACAUUUUGUUUUGUAACACUUGGUUUAAUACUAAUAUUUGUUAUAAAAUGUGUUUAGGCUGGAGUUGAAGGAAAUAUCUAUUAGUUGCUUAGUAGUGCUGUUUUACUAAGCUACUUCAUUAUUUAAUUGAUAUUCAUAAAAUUUUAUCCAUAAUAUAUGAGGUUAGCUUUAGUAUUGAUAAAUCACAUAAUGAAUAUCUAUUUAUUUGCUUAAGAAACUAAGAAAGAUCCCUAAAUGGCUAUGUUAUAAGGUAUUAAUUAGAUGGGAGCAACAUAUUUAUUGGUUUUGAUUGGAGAAUAUAUAGAUGGCAUGAUAACAUUAGUUAAUUUGAGUGUAUUUAGAAUAGGAUGGGCUAUAGCAUAUAGCUCUUAAAUAUAAAUGUCAGCGAUAGUUUCAUCAAUUUUACUUAUUUUCUAUAUCAAUUAUUUUAAUUACCAAUUUCAUAAAGGAAUAAGGUCUUAGUAUUUAUUAGGCUUUGUUGAUUCAAAUUUUGAAGAAUUAUUAAAGAAAUUAUCAUUUGAAUUUCCAUAUAUGAUAAUAUAAUUUUAAGAAGAAAAUUUAAGUUGUCAAAUUUCAUCAACAAAUAAAUGUGAAACUUUAUUUUAGAAUUCAUAAAAGUCUCAAGAUUUUAUGAACAAUAGUUAUGUUGAAAACAUUCCAUUUAAAACUUAUUUAUUUUAAAUAGUUGGCAAUUAUAAUUAGGAUCAUUCAGCUAAUUGUAAUAAUUAAUUUGUACUCAAAUAUUAGAAAAAGUCUUUUUUGAUCAAUUCUACAGUAUUUUAAACUAAUUCAUUAAAAAUUUUGUUAACUUUCAAAGAAUUUAACAAAGUUAAUAUUUUAUCUAAAAAUUAAAUUUAUAGUAGAAAUUUAUAGUUGAUGAAACUAAUCUUUAAAUUGUUAUAGAGAUUGAAAUAAUAUUCAAAUUAAAAUUAUAAAUAUUUAAUUAUUCAGAGAAAAGCUCUGAUUUUAAUAUUGAAUGAAAAUAUAAACUUAUAUGAUAAUUAUAAAGACAUUUAAGUUUUAAGUUUUAUAUAAAAAUUACUUAAUUAUUGUGGUAAUUUAAAUAUAAAAUUAUUAACUAAUCUUAGAGGAGAUUAAUAAAUAGCUACUCAUCCAAAAUUAUUUGCUUUGAUAUUCUGGAUAAUUGUAGAUAAUAUAAAAAGUAAUAGAUUAAUAUUAUCUUGUUAUUAAACUAAUGAUCUUGUUUAUUAGAUAAAGUUUACAAGUUAAUUUGAUUCAGAUAAAAUUGAACGAUUGAUCUUUCCUAAUAUUUGGAAAUAUUAAGUGUUAUUUUUAGAUAUAAUUUUAAGUAAAACAGAAGUGAUUCUUGUCCAUACAUAUGAAUUGGAUGUUCCAUUUGUUCUUUGA